GUUACUUUCUCCUCAGAGGAAAGCAGCAGCGGAAUGUGUGGAAGUGUUUGCUGUUUGAUAACAAAGUCUACAUGAACUUUCCUGUGGAUUUAACCUCCUUCAUGAAACAAAAUCAUCAGUUUUUGAGCAGUUUAUCUUUCAGUUGCUCCACUGAAAUGGAUUCUCUUCCAUGAAUUUUGCGUUUUAUCCUCCGAACUGCUGCCUCCACUUUUUUCCGGUGGAAAUCCUGUUUGUCCAGCUGAAAAUGAGGCUUCAGUGAAGGAGUAGUGAGAUAUCCGAGCCGAACCGAGCCGAGCUAACCCGGUUAAUGUGAGGGACAGUUUAAAAACAUCCACCUGCAGAAAUAAUGAGAAAAUGAAGAUGAUUCUGUGGAUUUUACUGUUUUUACUACGAAGUCAGGCAGGCACCUGUGGAAAUGGUGUGUUUUUCACGAAGCACCCGUCCAAUCAGACUGUGUCUCAGGGGAACGGAGCGAGGCUCGGCUGUGCAGUUCAGGGACUGACUGAGCCGGACAUUGUGUGGAUGAAGGACGGAGAGAAACUCUACAGCACUGACCAGAUGUUCAUCACACUGGGAGAGCAACACUGGGAGACUUACCACAGUGUGAAGUCUGUGCAGCAGCAGGAUGCGGGUCAGUACUGGUGUGAGGUCGAGUAUCAUGACUUGACAUUCUCCUCUGAACGAGCCUGGAUCACAGUGGAAGGUGUCCCUCACUUCCUUCAGGAGCCACAGGAUGUGGCGACGUUCCCUAACGUACCUUUCAACCUUACCUGUGACGCAGUCGGCCCCCCCGAGCCCGUGGAGGUGCUGUGGUGGCUGGGGGGGGCCCAGGACGGGGAGCCCAGACCGUCCCCCUCAAUCCUCCACGUCCAAGGAGUGAACAGCAGUGUGAAGUUUUACUGUGAAGCGAAGAACACCAGAGGAAUCUCCGUCUCUAGAACUGGAACUGUUCACAUUAAAGUGUUGCCGGCGGUGCCCUUUGGGCUGCAGGUCCUGAGGAUGCUGGACAACAACGUCACGAUCUCAUGGAAACCAGGAUUCUCAGGACACUCUGAGCUGUCCACCUGCAUCGUCCAGCUGUCGAGGCGUGCAGCCCGGAGGUGGGACCUCCCCCAGCAGCAGGUGCGCGUUCCCCCUCACCUGCAGGUCCUGUCUGGUCUGAGGAGUCACCAGAACUACAGCGCCAGAGUCUCCUGUGUGAACGAGGUGGGGGCGUCGCCCUUCUGCCCCUGGCUGCACUUCCAGACCCCUCAGUCAGUUCCCUCAGCGGCCCCCAGGAACCUGACGUUUGAGCUGUCGGAGCAGCAGCUGGCUCUGAACUGGGCCAAGCUGCAGGACGAGGAGCUGCAGGGGAAACUGUUGGCCUACAAGGUGCAGUGGACUCUGGGAGGAGAACCACAGGAGCCUCUACUGUUUAAGGACAACUCCGCUCAGCUGUCGGGAGGAGGUCGUUUCUUUAACGCCUCCUUCCAGGUGUCGGCCUGCACCUCAGUGGGCUGUGGCCCCUGGAGUCCCCCGGUGCUGGUGCUGCCCGCCUCAGUGCAGGUCCAGGUCCAGCGGAGCCACAUGUGGGUCGGAGUGCUGCUCGGCCUGCUGGUGGCCACCCUGGUCGGACUGCUGCUCACCGUGGUCGCUCACCGCCGCGAGAAAGAGACGCAGUUUGGCUCGGCCUUCAAGCCUCCGGGUCCUGAGAGCUCCGUCUCCUUCACAGCGGCUCGAUCCUUCAACAGAAGCUGUGCUGAGCUGCAGGAGUCCACAUUGGACAGUCUCGGUAUAAACGUUGACCUGAAGAACAAACUGCAGGACGUUCUGAUCCCAGAGCGGCUGCUCACACUGGGACACAUGCUGGGGAAAGGUGAGUUUGGCUCGGUGCGUCAGGCGUUUCUGAAGUCGGAGGACUCGUCCGUCCAGAGAGUGGCGGUCAAGGUGCUGAAAUCUGACAUCACUUCGUCCAGUGACAUCGAGCAGUGUCUGAAGGAGGCGGCCUACAUGAAGGACUUCCACCACCCCAACGUGAUCCAGCUCAUCGGAGUGAGUCUUCACCGGCGUCAUGGCCAGCGACUCCCGAUCCCGAUGGUGAUUCUUCCGUUCAUGAAGCACGGAGAUCUGCACACCUUCCUGCUGCUGUCCCGACUCGGAGAUCAUCCUUUCGACAUGUCUCUGCAGACUCUGCUGCGGUUCAUGUUGGACAUCUCUCAGGGGAUGAAGUACCUGAGCAGCAGGAGCAUCAUCCACAGAGACCUCGCUGCCCGCAACUGCAUGCUGAAUGAGAACAUGACGGUGUGUGUCGCAGACUUUGGUCUCUCUAAAAAGAUCUAUAGUGGAGAUUAUUACAGACAAGGUUCAGUCUCUAAACUUCCUGUGAAGUGGAUCGCUCUGGAGAGUCUCGCCGACAACGUGUAUACCACACAGAGCGACGUGUGGGCGUUUGGAGUGACGAUGUGGGAGAUCAUGACUCGAGGUCAGACUCCGUACCCCGGCGUGGAGAACUCAGAGAUCUACGAGUAUUUGAUCAAAGGAGAGCGUCUGAAGAAACCUCCAGACUGCAGAGACGACAUUUAUGAGAUCAUGCACAGCUGCUGGAGUCCCGUCCCUAAAUGUCGUCCCAGCUUCCAACACCUGGUCGACCAGGUGGAGGCGCUGAGUCACAGCCUGUCCCCCGCCCCCCCACUGAAGGAGCCUCUGCUCUACGUCAACCUGGAGGGGGACGAGGGGGAGCCGGGCGGAGGGGGUGCGGUUGGAGUGAGGGCCCCAGGGCCGGAGGAGGCGAUGGCGGCCGGGGCAGCGAGCUGGAGCAUCCCCUGGCAGCACAGGGCGGAGGAAGAGGAGAAAGACUGGCUGAUGGUGGGGUCCGGGGCCGCGCUCGCCAUCGGAGGAGACUACAGGUACAUAAUCGGCCCCUGUGGAGCCCCCGAGGAGGAGGGGGGGGUAGACGGAGCAGGGAGGAGGGGGGAGUCGAUGGACACGUUGCAGGAGGAGGUCAGAGACGAAGAGGACGUCAUUAAUGUCUGACCAAUCACAGCGCUCUUCUGACUGGACCUCUACCUGAGCUCGUUAGUAAGCUGAUCAGAGAGGAACGCUCACUUUAUGGCACUGAGCAGCAGCAGGCGGGUGGAGACUGAACUGAUUCUCUCUGCUGAAGGUACAAACCUGCAGUCCGACACACAAUCAGUACCUUGAAGAACACACUGAUAACAUGUGUACUGCUGGGACUUGAAGCUCAAAGACACAAGAAGUGUUGCAACUAGAAAAGUGAGAUUAAAAUCACUCGACCAGCAGCUACUAAUAAUUUCAUGCUAAUAUCAUUUUUAUCAUAUUAACAAUUGGUAUCAAACCAUUUGGUAUUAGAAAUAGCGGCUUUGCUGAAAAUGAACAUGAAUCAGGUCAGUUUUAAAUCGUAAAACAUCAGUUUUAUUAUGUUUUUAUUUAGUGAGGUCCGUCUAACUCAAUUUAAUUUAUUCUCUCAUGUUGCGAGUUACUUUGAUCUAGUUUUACUGUAAAGUUGCACAAUGUACUCAGUCUGCAGAGGAAAUGGAUUCCACGUGUUGUAUUCCAGAAACGCAACACGUAGAACAACUACGACACACCAGUUGGGAACCAGUAUGUGCUAAUAGUGACUUGAACGGUUCGGGUCCAACAGUAAUUGAUCAAUCUAACUGCAACCUUCAAGAAAUGUCAGUUUUACUAGAUUUGGUCAAUGUUAGCCCAAAGUGCGUGCACGCAUUUAAGUGCGUCAUUUGUUCGUAGCAUGGCUAAUCCGACUAGUCCAGUUAAUCAAAUUCCACGAUGUAUAAGCCAACAUUUAUCUUUUAACAUGUAUGUUUGUGAUGAAGACCCAUAAAUGUGACUCGGUAUAUUUGGUGUUCUGGACGUUAUAGUGUAAAGAUCAGGUGGUCAGCGCCCUCUGGUGGACAAACUCUAACUGCAACAUCUUUCUACUGCUGUUUGUUACUUCAGUGCUUUUUACACCUAAACUAAUAUCUAUUUAUAUAACACAACCUCCAUCAUAAGCUCCUCUCAACUCCGCUUGCGUUGGACGACUCUGAUGAUCUGCAGCCAGUUUCUAAAACCUACUGGACAGCCUGAAAACAUAAGAGUGGGGCUAUUAUACAUUCACCAAAACGUCCAAGUAUUCAUUUAAAUAUAAUUAUUUGUAUGUAUUUAGACUUGAUUUGUUAUAGUUUGACACUGAGAUCACUGAUGGAAGCUAAACAAAUCUCUCAGAUGUCUCUACUAUGGAAGCCAGUAAUGAGAAACCUUCUCAAAACAAUAACUUAGUAUCUAGAAAUAAUGAGAUCAUCUCAAAAUAAUGUCUUAGUAUCUCAAAAUACUGAGAAACUUAGAGAAAGAUUUUCAUCAUGAUGACUUACAACUAUAUUUUUUUCAUAACAUUGGUGGAAAUGGGCUUCCAUACUCCACAAUUUGGUCGUGGGAAGAUUUCUGAAGUAAUUUGGUCCGUGCGUUUCAACAGCCAGAUGGAGCUAGAUGAUGUUAUAAGAAUAAAAUGCAUAAAAGUUGCUGUUGGGACUUUGAAUAAUGUCAACUGAACAAAGUUUGGCUCCGGGCCCACAGCGUUCAAAUGUUGUUUAAUACUGUGUGCACAUCAUACACUGAAGUAACAGGGCCUGAAGGCAACACCUGCAUCAUUAUUACCUGAUCAUACCGUCAGGGGGUGGCUGGGGGUUUAUUUUUGUUUUUUUCCACGCAUAUAAUUUGGCCUUCAUCUGCACAUUCCCGUGCGACAAUGAUCCACGCUUUGUGAUUACAAGGAAACCAGAGAAAACUCUGCCUGUAAAUUGAGGCCAUGAGAUGCGGCUGAAAGCGAGUGAACAGACCUUUUUAUUGUCAAACUGUUGUUCUGAUUUUGAAAGUAUUGUGAGCGCCGUGUUUCGGGUUCAUUGGCGUCACGAGUUCAAGGGGUCAUCGAUCUUUUCAUUGACGAAUAACUUCACUAUAUUUCAACUUUAUUCGGCUUCAUUUAAUUGUCUUUCUGAUCAGCAACAUUAUUCAGGCUUGACAGUAAAGCAGAUUACAAUAUAGUCUAAAUAGCAAUUUCGUUUCCUAUAAUUUACAGAUGAAACUAAAUUAAUCUGCUAGUAUUUUUGAUAAAUGAUUUGUUAAAGUAAUUUUUCAAAAUGGGCUUAUUCCGACUUUACGUUUAUUAAAUUGGAAAAUCAGUAACUUGUUCUCAGACGAAGACAUUUAAAGACUCGCUGAAAUUGUAGCAUUUUUCACUAUUUUCUAUUCCCUGUGUCCAUAAUGCUCUGUUCUAAUAUAUAUUUUGUCAUUUUAAUAUUAAGAGCAGAAACGAUCAGGUGAUUCAUUUUUUUGUUUUUUUAAUAGGGGAUUACUGAUUGUCAUUUUUAAAGAAAAAAAAUAUCGCUGUUCCAAACUUCUGUUGUCGUUUCAAUGUGAAUUUAUGCAGUUCUUUCAGUCGUCUGUUAAUAAACUUUAUAUGUUUUGGUGUUUGAAUUGCUGGUCAGAAAAAAACAAGACAUUUGAAGACGUCCCUUGGACCUAUAGACACUGAAAGUCACUAGAGCUGCAACAAUUAGUCGAUCAAUAUAAACAAAUAAUCUGUAGUUGCUGCCCUAAAAUGCACAUUUUCUACUAUUACUAGGUAUUAUUAGUUGAACAUUCAAACAAUCGCUGCAGCCGUCGUAUUAUAGUUGUUCACGUGAAAUAUUUGUUGCAAGCAGUUGAUUUUAACUUCUAGUUUUGUGGCCUUUUAUUAUUUAAGUUUAUAUUGUGCAGUUCACUUAAUAAAUGUGUUUAAUACAUACACAGUGAACAGAAAGUGGGAACAUUAGGGGGUCAUUGGGGGCCCUACAGCACACUGGGGCCCCGGAGCCCCUGUGGUGGAUUAAUCCGGCCCUGACUGCUGCUGUUGUACAUAUCGUGCAUUUGAAUUUUGCUGCUCUAAACUGACUCACUUCUACAUUUCCAGACUAACAUUGUAAAAACGUCCUUUAGAAUAUCACUAAACAAUGUUGUAUAUUUGAGUCCGAUGUAUUUUAGAAAUCUGGGAUGUUUCAUUGAUCCUGGGGGUAAAGUUACAUGGUUUGUAUGUAGCUGGUGUCUGUCUGUAAAACUGUUUAUUUCCUGCCAUGAUGUUUGAAUUAAACAUUUCGUUGACUUUUCUGUCUGCGCCACUCAUGUCGGGAUAUCAAGGGACCGUAUGUUUUAAUGUAUCCGAUGGUUUGUAUGUGAUAUAGAUCCAACUCUGAAUUUAUUCAAGACCCAACUUGAAGCGUAUGUCCAUACCGGUCUGACUUCAGAUAUGUACAGAGAGCCUUUGUGAGACUUGACAAAUAAAGUGUUGUGUCGCACUGA